CGCCGUGCGGGAAACGACCAUGGUCGCCCACGCAGGAGGCCCCGCCCCCAACCCGACCCUCGUCAAGCUGAGUGACGGCUCCGAGUGCCGCCUGCUGGACUUGGCCAAGGCGGGCCGGCCGCUCGUCAUCAACUUCGGCAGCUGCACAUGACCUCCGUUCAUGGCCAGCCUCGGGGAGUUCCGCAAGCUGACAGAGGACUACGCCGACGUGGCCGACUUCGUCAUCGUCUACAUCUCGGAGGCGCAUCCCACCGACGGCUGGGCCAUCGAGGGAAACGUCUUCCAGGUCUCCAACCACAAAAACAUGAAAGAGCGCGAGGAAGCAGCGAGGCGGAUGGUCACCUUGGAGCCCGUCGACUGCCCGGUUCUCCUGGACAGGUUGGACGACGCAGCCAACAAGGCCUACGCUGCUCUGCCCGAGCGACUCUACAUUGUGCACGGAGGAUCCAUCGUCUUCAAGGGCGACCAAGGGCCCUUGUUCUAUAAAGUGCAUAAAGUUGAGGACUGGUUAAAGGCAUACACGGAAAAGCGAGAGUAGACAAGGAUAAACAGAGUGGAUGUCUGCGAAGAAUCUUUGGAAAAAUUAUUACGACCCUUUACUGAUUGUUCUCAAAGUGGAUUUCCAUUGCUAUGGCGUGGAAAUCAGUCAAAUCGCCUAUGCCACUGCAAAAUUACAUUUUGAAUUUGUGCAUAUAUCUCAAUGCAAAUACAUCAUAUCUUAGAAACCGAUAAAGCAUGGAGUUUUUGAGUCAGGUCAGGGUACCACCUAUAUGACGUGUUUGUCGGAAAGGUAAACAGCCAAGAUAAGCACUGAUGAACUCGUGGUAUGCUGCUCCUGACUCUCUUCGAACUCUGGUCUUUAACGCUUACAAUUCACAAGCAUAAAGAAUACAUGAAUAUUUAACGAAAACAACAUAGGAAUGGACUGAUUUUGUGAACAAUAUGUACCACAGAUAUUACUCGCGGGAAAUUGGUGGUGAGGAUAACUGAGUUUGUACGAACAUUAAGGGAAAUUGAUAUAUUAAGAAACGAUGUAAAUUGCUGUAUAUACAUUUACAAAUUAUUUACGUAUUGGCAGAUCAUAAAUGAAGAUAAAAGUAUAGUUUAGAAUAAUUACAUUGGUAAAAGUAAUAUUGUUACUGUAUAUACCUUAAAGCAUUAACCGGGGUGGUAUUUUGAGUUUUCUAAUUGUAUGGAACAGAAAAAGGGUAUUAUGUAGGCCAGCAUUAAAAUUUGAAAAACGCA